GGGCUCUUGGCUUUGUUACAAUUGUCGAUUGUCGCCUUCCCAGUCGCACCUGCACUCCUGCAGGGCCCGUGGGGUGUCUGGAGUCGCCAGUACAGUAGGGGAUGGGAAGUGAGGGCACGCCUCUGUCGCGGCCUCUGGAGCUGUCCGUCCCCCCGCCCCCCAGCCCGGCUGAACCGGGGAGCAUGCGCUACCUUUGUCUUCCUUCUGGGAACUGCCUCCUUGGUCCGCGAGGAGGUGUCGCUGGCGACGCUGUGCGGGCCUUUGUCCACCUGUCGGCUGGCUGCCGACUCGAUCCGCGCGCUCUCGCGCCCCCAGAAGCGCUCAGUUUCCGCUGUUCAGGCCAGUGCCCUCCGUAACGGCCUUGAGACAGGGGUGUCGUCUCCACAGAGGUCUGUAAGUCACUCGGACCUGUGGGCAGGAGACCUCCCAGGCCCCUGACCCUACUGGCGGAGGCGAGGGGGCCGGUGCUGUCCCUGUCCCUCUCCCGCGGCAGCUUCCGUCACUUCACCUGGAAACCGCACCUCCUGCAGGUUGGAUGCUCGGCCUCCCCCGACGAGCCCGUGGCCGAGUCUGGCGGCGGGACCGCGGCGCCCUGGGGGAUGCAUGGGUGUGCCUGGCCGGGACCCCCAGGUGUAGAGUCUCCUCCUCUCAGGACGCGGCGUUCUCUCCCCGGAGGGCUCGUCCGGUUGCUGGUGCUAGUCUCCCGCUGUCUCCGAGAUGAGCGCUAGACGGCUCUGGGCGGACAGCGUGAUGAAGCGUCUGGUGCUGCGAUGGGUCUGAUUCCUGAAUCACCAGCCAUCAGGGGUCGCUUUGCGGGUUCCCAGGUGUGAGGCCGUCAGGACAGCACCCUGGAGAGAUCUAGAUUCCUGUGGAGCGCCUGGGCCCGCUCCGAGCUGUGCUGCAGGCCCACCGUGGAGCUGGGCCGUCGGCGCCACAAAGCCCGUGGUUCCCAGGAUGCGGUUCUUACCGUGCAGUCCUGGAGAUCGGAAGUAUAAAAGGGGUGCUUGGGUGGCCCAGUGGGCCGAGUGUUGGACUCUUGAUUUCGCCUCAGGUGGCGUGGUCCGGGCGGUGGAGUGGAGCCGUGCGCUGGGCUCUGCCCUGGUGUGCGGCUGCUCGAGACUCUCUUCCCGCCCCUUCUGCUUCUCUGUCCCAUUUCUCUUUUUCUCUGAAAUAAGUGUAUGAGUCGUUAAAUGCUUUACUUCUUAGUAUAAAAUGGGAGUUGUAUUCCCCCAGCACCCCAGCGAGACCCGGCUUCUGCCCUUUCCUGGCCCGCGGGCCCCCCCCCCCUCCUCCCCACCAGCAGCGCGGGGUCUGCCCGUCUCCGGGACCCCCGCCCUCUGCCUCCCUCUCCUGAGGACCUGGUGAGGACACCAGGCCCCCGGGAACCAGGGUCACCCCCAGCUCAGGGUUCUUGACUUGCCCGUCCCUGCAAGGUCCUUUUUGCCAUUUAUGGUUCCAUAUUCUUGGGUUUUGGGGAUUCGAAUGGGGACAACUUUGUGAGGUCAUAUUCACUCCUGGGCCCCGUUCCUGUGGGCUGACCUCUACAGAGACAAGAUACUAUGGGUUUAAGCCAGGGGCCUGGAGCUGAUUUUGGCCAAGUCAAGAGCGACAGUGUUCGGAGGCCAGAGAGAGGUUCCGGAGGUUAGGUCUGACCCGAGUCUGAGAGAACGAGGGAAGCACAGUGGUCAGCUGGAACCCGUCUGCUUUAGGUCCCGGGAGAGCCUGCCUUGGCCCCAAGGAGGCCUUGAAUCUCUCUUGUGCACUCGUCGGAAGGUGCCGGUAGGUAAAUGUAUCAAGUUCACAGGUGAGCCACGGAGGUAGGAUUUAGCUUGGCAGAAGUGAGCGUAGACGAGCAGGAGUUUGGAGGAGUGCGCACCGCGUUUGGGCGGUCCAGGAAGGCUUCCUGAAGGAGGUGAGACUUGGUGAGAAGACUUGGCCGCCUCCUCCCUGCUGCCACGCUGGGGCUCUGAGCACUGACACUUCUCGGGCUGCAGUGGUUUCCUCGCCAGUCCUCCCCCUCAGGCAUUCAUAGAUGCACCGCCCGUCCUCCUGCGUCCUUAUUCCGGGUUCCUGUAGGGGUGCGUAAAGCCCAGCAUCCUCACCAUGGACUUCCAGCAUCGCCCGGGGGGCAAGACGGGGAGCGGAGGCGUGGCCUCCUCCUCGGAGAGCAACCGAGACCGCAGGGAGCGCCUCCGGCAACUGGCCCUGGAGACCAUCGACAUCAACAAGGACCCGUACUUCAUGAAGAACCAUCUGGGCUCGUACGAGUGCAAGCUGUGUCUGACCCUGCACAACAACGAGGGGAGCUACCUGGCGCACACCCAGGGGAAGAAGCAUCAGACCAACCUGGCCCGGCGAGCCGCCAAGGAGGCUAAGGAGGCCCCCGCCCAGCCAGCGCCAGAGAAGGUCAAGGUGGAGGUGAAGAAGUUUGUGAAGAUCGGCCGCCCCGGCUACAAAGUGACCAAGCAGAGGGACACGGAGAUGGGCCAGCAGAGCCUCCUCUUCCAGAUCGACUACCCUGAGAUUGCCGAGGGCGUCACGCCUCGCCACCGCUUCAUGUCCGCCUACGAGCAGAGGAUCGAGCCGCCCGACCGGCGCUGGCAGUACCUGCUCAUGGCCGCCGAGCCCUACGAGACCAUCGCCUUCAAGGUGCCGAGCAGGGAGAUCGAUAAGGCCGAAGGCAAGUUCUGGACUCACUGGAAUCGGGAAACCAAGCAGUUUUUCCUGCAGUUCCACUUCAAGAUGGAGAAGCCGCCAGCCCCGCCCAGCCUACCUGCAGGGCCACCCGGAGUGAAGAGACCCCCGCCCCCCCUGAUGAAUGGUCUGCCCCCACGGCCGCCGCUGCCAGAGGCUUUGCCCCCACCACCGCCAGGAGGCCUGCCUCUGCCACCCAUGCCGCCCAGCGGGCCUGCACCCUCGGGGCCUCCGGGCCCUCCCCAGCUGCCCCCACCAGCUCCUGGGGUCCACCCCCCAGCACCAGGGGUCCACCCCCCAACGUCUGGGGUCCACCCCCCGGCACCAGGAGUUCACCCCCCAGCUCCUGGGGUCCAUCCCCCGGCACCGGUGGUCCACCCACCGACAUCUGGGGUCCACCCACCGGCUCCAGGCGUCCACCCUCCAGCCCCAGGGGUCCACCCUCCUGCUCCAGGCGUCCAUCCUCCCCCAUCUGCUGGAGUUCACCCCCAGGCCCCAGGGGUGCAUCCGCCGGCCCCUACGGUGCACCCCCAGGCCCCUGGGGUCCACCCCCAGGCCCCUGGGGUCCACCCACCAGCCCCAGGGAUCCACCCCCAGCCUCCUGGGGUCCACCCCCCGCCUCCUGGGGUCCACCCAUCAGCUCCUGGGGUCCAUCCUCCAGCUCCUGGGGUCCACCCCCAGCCUCCUGGAGUUCACCCCUCAAAUCCUGGGGUCCAUCCCCCCACUCCCAUGCCCCCCAUGCUGAGGCCUCCCCUGCCCUCCGAAGGCCCUGGGAACAUUCCGCCCCCUCCCCCAGCCAACUGAAGAGUGGCCCCUUUUCCAGGCCAGUCCCGUGUGGUGUGUUCUUGUGUUCUCUGUCGGAGCGGAGUGUGGUCCUCUUGUACGGCCCAUGUCGCGUCCUCACUGCUCAUUAAACGUCUGCCCCGAUGC